ACCCAGCUGAGGCGGCGAUAACUGCGGACCUUGCGACGGGGAUGCAGUGUAGUGAGUAGUGACAGUCGUUCGACCACCGCGACGCGGACAAGGUGACCUGUCAGCGUGCAGUGCAGCCUGUCAUACCUGUGAGCCGGGGUUGAGGUGACCGUGACUGCGUCGGGUGCUGACUGCCCCCUGUCUGUCAGGUGCCGACCUGCUAACUGACGUCAGACGGCUUCUGAUAUUUUGCGAUGUGACACGUGUCUGUGCGAUACUCGUCAGUGAGGGGAUCACUCACGGCAGUGCCUCGUCAGGCGUGAUAGUGAGCGUGAUACGUGCUUUCAGUGAGGGGGUGAUCCGUAAACGCAUGUGACGAGUGACUCGGCAGAUAAAAUCCCUCGGGUAUGGCGGAGGCCAAUGUGAGCAAGAACAACCCACCUAUGGAGGACAUUUGGAGGGUAGAAAUUGGCCAAAUCAUCAUCCGGUUUCGUACCAACAAACCCAAAGGGGCGCUGUGCGUUUGGCAAAACCUAGUGUCUCAGCUAUCAACUCUCCUGAACGGAUGUUUCGAGACUGAGGCUCUAGUGCUAUGGAAGAUGCUCCUUAACGCGAUCCCAGAGCUUCUAAGGACGAGCCAUAUCGCAGAAACCCAGACUUUGUGGAGGUCUCUCACAGAAACGGUACUGGAAAUAAGAGCAGUGGGAUAUUCACAGACAGCGAGUGCGAUGUGGAAGACGCUGUUAGCCAUGGCACCAAAGCUGCUCGCAGAAUUUCCAAACGGUGUCACAGAGCUGAUGUGGACUGAAGUGUGUCAAACAGCAGCCGAAAUGGAGUCUGGUGCUUCCGAUCCGGAGAGAACGCCACUUCCUGCAUCGCCGUCACCGUCACCGCUGCCUUUACCAACAGCGUCACCAGCGCUAACAUCGUCACCAGUGCAACCACCGCCCCCGCUACCGUCACGGUCGCGGUCACCUUUACCGACCUUGUCAAUACCAGAACCAGGGCCACCAGCAGGACUGUCACCAGGGUCUUCACCAAAGCGCCUGUCACCAAUACCUUCACCAAAACGUCCGUCACCAGCACCUUCACCAACCCGAUCUUCACCAGGUGAUCCGAGGCAGAGUCGCUUUGAUCCGAGGCGGACACCGUUACCGCCACCACCAGUACAGCAGCUACCAUCAGCACAAGCACCAGUAACGUCGGCACCAUCACCAGCACUGACACAAUCAACGUCACCAUCGCCGUCACCAUCACCAACAACAGCUCAGUACCUUCCACCCAAACCACGUCCAAUAUCACAGUCUGGUUUGCAAGAAACUCAGCACUCAAAGCCGCCCAAACCGAAAGUGAAACCUAAACCUCUGCUCGCUAAUCGAAAAACUUUUACAGCUCCAUCACUUGCCCCAUCAAUACAACCAGCGCCAAGACCCGUUGUGAAGCAGCAACCUCUAGUGGUGACCCAGUCGGGUGACCAGGUGUCGACGACUGACUCCGAGUGGGAUCAGGGGAUGCAGCAGGUCCUCACGGAGCUCAGUCACAGGGGUAUCGGAGAUCUCCAGAGAGGACGGCGGACCGGCAGGAUGGGGAACGUGCGCCCCAAGUCGUGCCAAAACCCCACAGAUACCCGGAGGCUUUCGGCACCUUUCGAAAAGCUUUUCAGUGCGCUGACUCCAUCGGGACUGCAAGAUCUGCAAGGUCAUGACCUCACCUGCCAGAGCUGCCCCGCUACGGCGACAGACAACAUAGAGGACGAGCCCGGCUGGGUCAUGGUGCCUCGCAGUCUCCCGCAGUCACAGGCGGAGUUGGAUGAUGGCUCUGGAGCUGCCAGAGUUCGUUUCUCGGCUUCUGCUACGAACGGAUCGCCGCCGGGUGCGGAGCCGGUGGGCACGUCUCCUGCUACCUCCGGAGGGCCACUGCUGCGUCCAUCCUCCUCUUCAGCUUCCCUAACAGCACCCACGUCACCCUCUUCACCAGCCGAGCCGCCGCUCUGGUGCCGACUGCCCUCCGUUAUCAACAGCGGCGUCCUCGACAGCCUCAGCAGCGACCAGAGGAAGCUGCGAGAGGCUCUGUUCGAGAUCAUCAGUAAAGAGGAGUCGUAUCACAGCUCCCUUCAGCUAUUAGAGCGUCAUUUCCAGGAGCCACUUCGAGCGCUAAGCCAGAAGCCACCAUCGCCGAAACAGAACGGUCAAAACGGGCAGAAAGCACGGCAGUGCACCUUCAGUGAGACCGAGUAUCGCGAGCUGUUUCAAAACGUUGACGAAGUGCGCCGGUGUUCAGAUGACUUUCUGACUGACCUGUACCAAAUACCCAUGGACGAUCUCUCGGGCCUCUGUGACAUUGUGCACGAACACGCCAAGCACAACUUCUACCCGUACAAGGUCUACUGUGCGCACAAGUGGCACCAGGACCGUUGUCUUCAGCAGCUAACCGAGCGGAGCUCACCGCUCGCCGCGCUGCUCUCCCGCCUGGAGAUGUCCCCAGAGGUGCGCGGCCUGGGUCUGGCGGCGCUCCUCCACCUGCCCGUGCAGCACGUGCAGAGGCUGCCCAUGAUGAUGGAAGCUGUGCUGAAGAGGAUGCCACCCGAUCACCCGGAAAGACAGAGCUGUGAGGAGGCGCACCGGGCGCUCACUAAGCUCGUCAAGGAUUGUGACGAGGACGCUGCCCGGGAAGAGGAGAGAUUGGAGGCGGAGGAGAGUGGCACGGUCGAGCCGGAAAGGGCCGCGAAGGGCCGCCUGUCGUGGCGGCGGAGGGGCGUGCGUCGCCACAGUGCAGAUGUGGGGUCGCUGAAAAGGGCACCAAGCUCAUGAGGGGGGCCCGUAUCCGGUGGAUAAGGUCCUACUCCGAGGAACUGAUUGUCAGGUCAGAUAGUCAGGCAGACUGUGAUAGGAGUCAUUUUGAUAGAAGAUAGAGCGACAGAACGGCUAGGGUAUUCGAAGCGUAGGAAGAUCCUCACCCCUGGCUACCAGAUCGGUUACGCCCAUGAUAAGCAUAUUCAUUAAAUCAACUGACAGCUGCGUUGAGACAGCACUUAACGUCAUUUAGUGUCGUUUUCGAGCACAAUUCAGCCUAUCCGUAACAGUGGUCAGUAUGUAAUUGUUCAGGUCUGAGUGUGGCGUCAAAACCGUGACGUAGUGCAUAAUUUACUGGGCGUUUUCACUGCCUCACUCGAUCAUAAUUGUCAUUGGAACUAGCUGGCUACAUGAUUAGAAAGGGUUUGGUGAUUGUGAUAUGUCUCAUGUUCAUGUGCUUUCAACUGUGACUUAGUAUGACAGUGUACGUACGUUGAAAUGUGAAUAAAAAUCUAGCAAAGUCAUU